GUGCAUUGUUACCUGGUGAUGCGCGCUUCGAUGUCGAAAAGACUCUAGUCUACAGGCCGCCGAUACGCAGCAGCGAGGAGGAGGAGGAGGAGGAUAUCGAGACUGGAGCAGCCCGCCGCCGCAUGAAGGAGGCCUUCCUUCCUGUCGCGCGUCCCUCCGCAAGUAUCCAGCAGCAACAGCUUCUUCCUUCGCACGCCCUACUGCGGGUCGAGAGCAGCAGACAAUUCCUCGCUACUAAACACAGAGCUACUCGCGCGAAAAGUAGCAGGGGAUCGCCGCCGACGACGAUAGUCCUCUCCACACGCGCACGCAGUCUGCAAGAUGGCCGACGCUCUCUCUCUCUCUCCCUCGCUUGCUGCUGCUCGCUGAGCUACUCGCGGUUUGAGUAAAAUGUUCCUAGACCGGCAAAGGAGAAACGCAGUUACAUUCGUGGCUGCACUGAUACCACCAGACAGCGACACACGUGAGAGCUGAGCUCGCAAGCCAACCAGCUGUUUACAUGACUCCGGUAUUUAUUUAAAAAGCUGGACGAUCGAUAGAAAGAUCAUGGAGAAACGCGUGGAGCCGCUAAUAAACAACAGCCCCGACUCCCAGCUGAUGGGAGUCAUCGCUGCGAUUUUUGCAGUGAUACUCACGAUAGUCCUCUUCGCUCUAUGGAGACGCAGAACAUCUGUCGGGCACAAUGUACUUCUUACGGGUCUUUGCGAUGCUGGAAAAACGCUCAUCUAUGCCCGACUGAUGCAUACCAAGUAUGUGCAGACUCAUACUUCUGUAAAAGAAAAUAUUGGAGAUGCUCUUGAAUAUAAUAGCUCUGUCAAGAUUGUUGACAUUCCUGGACACGAGAGAUUAAGAUACAAGUACUUUGACAAAUACAAGAAUUCAGCAAAGGGUCUUGUAUUUAUUAUUGACUCUUCAACUAUUCAGAAAGAUAUAAGAGAUGCUGCAGAAUACUUGUAUACUUUGCUGUCAGAUCCAUCUUUGAGUAGAAAUAUUCCUGUACUAAUUCUUUGCAACAAGCAAGAUCAUACUUUAGCUAAAGGCAGUAACGUGAUAAAAACACUGCUUGAAAAAGAAAUGAACCUUUUAAGAGUGACUAAAACUAGUCAGUUGGAGGCUACGGAUGCUUCUUCAUCUAAUAUAUACUUAGGAAAGACUGGAAAAGACUUUGAGUUUUCACAUCUUGACAAAAAAGUUGACUUUGCAGAAUCCAGUGCAUUUAUCAAAGAUGCUGAGACACCAGCUGACAUUGAACAAUUAACUUCUUGGCUGACUAAACUGGCUUAACCACUAGUGUGAUCAUUGUAAUUUAUUUCAGAGAGAAUGUUUUUUACUCAUUUUGUUACAAAUUAAUCGAAUCAAUAAAAUAAAAGCAUAAAGUCAUUUAAUGUAAAUGAAAAUAACUACUUUUUUGAAUAAAAACUUGAAAAUGUAA